AUGACUUAGAGUUAGAGAUUCUCUCUCCAGAGGAAUUCACAGUGAUUGAAGACAUUUCCGUUACCGUGGAGACUAAGUACCCUAGAGUACCCCAGAUGGCCGGGAUGCAGGGUUGAGGAGAAAGACACGUAGCCUCACGUAGCUGACACUCGGUUGCAAGUGAUCCACUGUGAUCCAACGGGCAGCCAACCGGAAAAAUCUUUCUCCCCAAAAGCUCGCCCUCUUUGAUACUAUGAUUGAUGAGUAUCAUUUUGUAGACUGUAUAUAAGACCUACAUGGGCCUUCUAUGGGGUAUUGAGCUGCAGCCCUCUUCUCUUUUUCUCUGCUGGUCAGAGAAUCAUAUUGAAUCCCAAGCUAUACACGUACUGCGAAGUUGCCUACCGUUUUUCACGCCCUCCUCCCCCUCCCCCGGACUAAUACACAACUCGGAAUCAUUGCCGGAAAUCAUGCGUAUUGUCUACGUCGUAGCUCUCACCAUUGGGCUGCUCUCCCCUGCGUACGCAGUGCCCCGGCCUAUUUCGGUCCCAAUCGAGAAUCCAGUGGGGUCAUUGCAGGCUCGUGGUCCGUCGGAGCCCCUUCAACCAAAGGAUGUUGAACUGUACAUUUCAUUUACCGGGGCUUCGACGAAGAAACCUUCGGAAGACGAAUCCAAGCUUGCAAAAGACACGGUGCAAGGUUAUUUGGACACGAUAUAUGACAAGCGACAGGUUUCUUUCCGUGAAAGUACUUUUUACUUCUUCCAGGACAACAAAGGGACCGUCCGGUUUAAGGUGAUGGAUCCCGUGGGGCAGCUGAUCAAAUCCCUCGGGAUUAGGUGCGGCACUCCGUGUAGUGGGGUGGCCAGAAAGAAACCUUUAAUAGCUUCUCAACCUGCCUUGGGACAUAGUUAUGAAGGAAAACUUGUUGAAGGUGUAGAGGGGUGGCCAACGCUUCCUUGAACUACGAGAGAUAGGUUACUAGAAGAUACAAUUAGUGGUGCAUCGGCAUAUCUCAUUAUGUGAAGACUGGGCAUUUCCUUGAUUUAACUUUCUAACAUUGCCUCGUGUAAGUCCGCCGAAGCGUUGCGGCCGUCCGACGGUGGCUGAGCAGGUUCAGGCUAGCUGGCAGUGGUCGGCCCUUUGUUCUUGGCCGCUUUGAUAAUGCAAGCGCCAUUUCUCGCUGGUAAUUUUCCUCUGCAAUUUUCAGUUUGCCCGAAGA